AUGGCUGACGCAGCGAGUCUCGCGGAGGGCUUCCCGCGCGCGGCAGGCGACAAGGCAGCGCGCCAGGCGCCGCCCGCGACCGCAGGACUUGAUCUCAAGGCUGCGAGUGGCCCUCUGAGCUACAAAGCCGUGGCCGCGCGGGCGGUUUCGCAGAUUCGCGGGGUGGGAGCGCCGCGCAGCGCCCACAGCGACUCGGAGGAGAGCGAGAGCCGGGGACGGCGCUUCUUGUCGCCGGUUCCCGCGGCGGGCGUGCUUGCGCAGCCUGGGGACGAGAAGGAGAGAAUCGGAUGCGAGCGAAGUGGCGGCGCCGCAGGGAAGACUGGAGGCGCGCCGAGCUCUCGCGGGAACGGAUGCCGCCCGAAAAACGUCCGCACUGCCCAGUCGGCCUCGCCUCACCCCGCCAAAAAGACUCGCGAGGCCGCCGACAGCUUCGCCUUCGGCGGCGACGCGGACCGCGACCUGCUCGGGGGGCGAAGGCCGGCGAGAAGCGGCUGA